AUGGCAAGCAGAACUACCGACUCAGCCUUUGUUGUGGUCACCGGUGAUCCUCAGCGUGGAAAUGGCGAACGAAUCAGCCAAGUACGCUCACACCUCGCCAAACAAUACCACCAAAAUUCCCGACAGAAAAAGUCUCGAGUAUCAGAAACCCGCAAAAAGCAGGCUUACAUCCGGCGCAGCUAUACCAGCCAGAGCUUACCCCGAGAAAUCCACCUCACCUUGGAUCCUUCGCAGCUAUUUGCAUCAGCCACCGGGUUCCAGCGAAUGCAGCGAUUCAUGUAUCACUAUGUGUACGACAGUUACCGACUCCACCCUUUUUUUAGCACCGUUGUCUAUGCAGCUGUGGCCCAUGCACCACUGAUGAGCUCGAAAAUCCUGAAUGCAUCUGCCUGGGAUGACCUCAACUCCACGGGCGAAAUUAGUGAUUUGAGUCUCCAGCAACGCGUGAUUACUCGGAACUUACUCGGCGAAUCUCUGGGCAAUCCCAAUGAAGGAUAUAGCGACCUGAACAUUGCCGCCUUGAUUGCAUGUAUAUUGUUUGAUUUGGUCAGUGAUGACAAAAUUGCUUUCUCUCGAGACAAGCAAGGCCUCCAGAAUAUUGUUCAAUGCCGCGGAGGUUCAGAUCACCUAGGUUUUGAAGGACAUUUAAAGAAUAGUCUACUUCUUAUUAAGGAAUUGGAGCGAGUUGCUGGGAUAGAUUGGCACCCAGAAUCCAUGUUAUCCAGCAUACAAACCACCCAAUGCCAGCCACUCGAUAUGAGAUUCUUUGCUUUUGGACGAGAGCAAGACAGUAUCUUCAUAUCGGAAACACUCCAGUCUUUUAUUCAUCUACUGAGCGAUUUCUACCAGUUGGUCAUUCUAUGCCAGCAAUCUUUCUACCACCCACCCAACUCCGCCGCCCGCCGUCAUUGUGUUGCACAAUCGAAAAUAAUCCACAAACAGCUAUCUUCGACGAGAUCAUCUAUCUGUGAUAACACCCACUCACCUGAUGACCCAAGGAUAGCUCCUCUGGCACUCGCAGGUAUUCUCUUUAGUUGGUCAACCGUUGCCUCACGCGAGGCGAGCUCCCACGAAGUGGCCCAUGCGACCCUCGAACUACGCAAUUUGCUCCAGCAAACAGACCUGGACAAAUUCUGGGGUUUAUUUCCCGGUGCCCUUGUUUGGUGUCUGGUAACUGGAUCACGAAUGUCGUCCCCAGGGCCAGUACGAAAAUGGUUCGUCAUGCAGACUACGCGGAUCACCUGCUCAAUGGCGAUGAGUUGCUGCGAUGACGUGCUGCAGAGUCUCCAGACAAUCCUAGGAGGGCUAAAUGCGGCAAAAUUACUUCGAAAUGGGGUCCUCAUCUGA